UUCUCGAGUCGCUUAGAAUCAACAACUGUCACAUCUGACAAUAAUAAUACUAUCACUUCACCUUCUCCCCCUCAUCACUUACUACCCUUAUCCGGUCUCUAAUCUCAAUCCUUGACAUCUUUCAAUCCUGUGGAACCGAGUGACGUCAUCAUAUACUACAUUCACCUCAUAGACUUCCUUCUUACUUCUUUCCUGUCUCUCUUCCAUCCUCAGCAGAAGGACAAAAUUAGUGAUUCUUUCCUACAACAACGUGCACAGAACCUAUUUACUCAAUACAUAUACACACCAAGAUGCCUCGUGCCAAUGAACCAACCUCCAAGGUCUUCUACAAGGGCUCUUCGGAUGACUUUAUCGUCUUCGUUGACGACGUCCAAAUCCUCAACAACUGGCGCAAAGACCGCUCAAUCCCUCUAGCUGAUGUGGUAAACGGAUUCAAGAUCUUCGUUACCCACAAGCACGGUACUCAAGGUAUCCUUGACGGCGCCAGCAAGGCUCUUCUGGAGAAUGAGUUCGGUACCACGAAUGAGGAUGAGUGCAUCACUAAGAUCCUAGAGAACGGUGACUACCAGUCAUCUACUACAAGGGAACGCCAGGAUGACACAAAUGUCGCCAACGGACCCAUUGGCAUUACCCGGUAAUUUCUCUUAGUUUAGCAGAGCUAAACAUGUUCUUAAAACUUAUUUUAUAAGCCAUGGGUUGGAUUGCUUUUCGGGGUUAAUUUUUUUUUUUUUUUUUUUUUUUUUUGGAUGGAAAUAUGCAUACAUAAC